GCAAGCAGACAGGUAAGCUAUCAGGAAUUAAACCUGGCCGCAAACCAGCUGGCUGCCCGCCUGAUUGCAAAAGGGAUACAGCAAGGUGAUUUUGUUGGGAUUCUACUCAAACGCUCCCCGGAAGUUUAUCUUUCCAUGCUUGCCAUUCUUAAAGCAGGAGCAGCCUAUGUUCCGCUGGACAUUGGUUAUCCCGAAGACAGAGUCAGUUUUAUCCUGGAAGAUUGCGGCGCUAAAUUUUUGUUAAGUGAUGAAGCCUGCUCUGCCGGCUUUAAACUUUCCUGUGAAGUGAUCAUCGUUGAUGGCAGCUCAUUUGACAUUCGUCAAAACGAUACCGAAGCUCCGGAAAUAGCAAUUACAGUAGCCGACCCGGCUUAUAUGAUCUAUACUUCCGGCUCAACAGGACGUCCUAAAGGCGUAAUUAUUUCUCAUGCAGCGAUCAGUAACCUGGUUAAAGGAGAAGACCGUUUAUUUGAAUUAAACCCGCAGGAUAAAGUUGCACAAGUUUUUUCUGUAGCCUUUGAUGCCUCCUUAGAGGAAAUCUGGCUGGCUUUCAGAUCUGGUGCUACCUUAUUUCCUGUAUCAGAAGCCGUCAUGCACUCCGGAUCAGAUUUGAGUGACUAUAUUGCAACCCAUCAGCUCACUGUGCUUUCUACAGUACCGACCAUGCUCUCGAUGAUGCAAUACCCUUUACCAUCACUACGCCUGCUGAUUCUUGGUGGCGAAAACUGUCCGCACGAACUAUUACUACCAUGGCAUAGCAGUGGCUUGAGAAUUGUAAAUACUUACGGACCAACAGAAGCAACAGUCAUUGCUACCUAUGCCGAUUUUGAUCCUUUACAUAAAAUAACAAUCGGUAAACCCGCAGUCAACUAUACUACCUAUAUCCUGGAUGAACAACAUUUACCAGUACCCAUUGGCGUACCCGGUGAACUUUGUAUCGGCGGGCCGGGGCUGGCUAUUGGUUAUUUGCAUCAGCCGGAACUUACCGCAGAAAAAUUUAUUCAGCCAGCUUUUCCGCUUUCAGAUACCACACCAUCCUGCUUGUACCGUAGUGGUGACCUUGCCCGUUUCAACGAACGGGGGAAUAUUGAAUUUUUAGGGCGAAUAGAUCUUCAGGUCAAGCUUAGGGGUUACAGAAUUGAGCUUUCAGAAAUAGAAUCGCAAUUG